UAGACCCCAAACUAGCGCAGCUUCAUCAAUGGCGGAGCAGGAGACCGCUGCUGAUCCCAUCUUGGCCCCUUCUUCUUCUCCUUCGGCCCUCUCCGUGAGAACCACGAAACCCGGAACGAAGCGCCUCCUGGUAACGCUCUCAAUCCUCCUCUCCGGACUUGUGUUUCUUCCCAUCUUCUACAAAUCCACAGAGAUCUAUCGUUCGCCGCUCCCCUUCUCCUCCAUCUCCUUCCUCUCUUCUCACCUUCACUCCCUACGUCCUCCGAUCCCGACUCUUCUCCACGUCCUCUUCCUCCGUUCCCAUCCGAUCGAUUCCACCGAUUCUCAUCGCAUCAGCGAUCUCAUCACACUCGACCUUCAGUCCAGAACCAAGAGCCAAGUGUCUGUCUCUAUCUCUGCUCAUUCGGGCGAAGGGCUUGAAAGUCUGGAUCUUUCCGAUGACGAAGCAAUGGAUGCCUUUCUGCUGGGGAUGGUGGAUGCGAGUGUUUACACGGUUGUGGUGGUCGAGAGGGCGGUGAAGGGGAAUGCGAAGGUUGUGGUAGGGAAGCAUAGGCACGCGUGGGUUGUGGGCUUGGUGGAGGAUAGUGAGGUGGCGAGGGUGAUUGCCGGUGUUUUCUGGAAGUAUUUUGUUAACGGAGGGAGGGAGGAUGGGGAAAUGGUGGGUGGUGAGGAAGGGGACGCAUUGCCGGUUGGGUCAGAUGGUAGCCUUGUGCUUUCAUUUAGCUUGUUGAAUGCUGAUCCUAGUGAUGGGGUUUAUGAUUGGAAUAUCCAGAAGGCAGAUAGAGUAUUGGCUCCCAUACUGGAGUCACUGGCACCUAUUGCAAAUAUCACUGUGGAAAGUCAGGUUCUAUACCAUGCUCCUAAGUCAUCAAUUUCUAAUUGGGAUGACAGUUUGCGUGGCUACGCCUUAAGCACAAGUGCUCUUCCUUUCUUUGUAAAUUCAAAUGAGUGGCAUUUAGAUACAUCUAUUGCUGCUCCAGGAAGAUCAAAGGUUCUACAAUUUGUGGUCUAUGUUCCCUCCGCAACAGAAUGGCCUCUUGUGUUACAAUUUCCAAAUGGAGAGACUUCUCAGACCAAUAGUUUUGUAUCUCCGAUGUGGGGAGGAGUAGUUGUUUGGAACCCACCAGAGAGUUCUAGAAAUGUGCAAAAGCCUCAUUUUGGCAAACACAUAAUUUCAACUGAGGAUCUUCAAAAAAUAUUUCAAGUUUUUGUAGGGCAACUUCGAGUUUUAUUUGGUCUUAGAUCCAAUAAUCUUGAUGAUGCUGAGAUAGGCGUGACAAAAUUUUUAGCUACUCCAAAGGGCUUUACGGCAUGGGAGUUGGAUGUGCUACAUAGACGCCAUACAUAUCUGAAUCUACUUUCAUGUGCCUCUACACUUGAUUCUCUUUCGAAACUGGUUAAGUCACUUCCAAGGAUGAUAAUCAUGGAUGAAAUUGGAAAACAGGUUAAGCUUUCAGUUGAGGUUGCAAGUCUAGCUCAAAACUACGUCUCUCAUAAGAUAUACAAUGCUUCAGCUGUUUCAUCUAGAAAUGCGAGGGCUUUAGCAGAGGAUGCCUUUUACCAUCCAUCUAUCAUGUCAAUCAGUUAUUCCUCCUUCGAGCACACCAUUGCAAUUUACAUGCCAUUUUUCGUGCCGGUGUCAUUGCAAGUGCUCAUAGCGGCAAAGAAAGAGCUGACGAGAUAUAAGAGGGAGCGAGCAAAAUAUUUAGCGUCUAUCGCCUAACUGGUCCGAUGUUUCUUAUUUAUUCGGGUCACUCUUUUCUAAUCAGGUCCAUGUUUCGGAUACAUCGCACAUAAUUGAUAUUUUAGGAUUUCAUCACCGUAUGUUAGACGAUGUUGUAUCCGUAACUUAGAUGCAAUUGAUUUAUUGGUAUUAUUCAGAUCCGAUCAGAGAUUUUAAGCUUAUCGGACAUACAUUGUCUUUUCCUCACCUUGAACUUGAAUUAUGGCACUCUUGCGUC